AUGAAAUCCUCCCUGUGGGUUAGUCUCGCUGUGUCUCUGAUCGGCCUUGGCCCGGCCGCUGCUCGGAAUGACUACCCCGGAAAUUAUCCUUCGAGCUCCCCACCACUUGGGCCUACUGACUGGGAACGCACGCCCGUCUCGGUGUUCGCCAAGGUGCUCAACACUCAACCGGAUCCCGACUAUAAUCUCCUGAAGGAGCUGGUCACCUAUGACUGCACCUACAUCUCCCUCACGUUCGACAAUCCCACUCUCCAUGGGAUCAUGCCCUGGGCAGGCACGCACACCCAUGUGGGUCCGCAGGCCUUUAUCGACAUCUUCACCCGAGUAGGCCUGUAUUGGGACCGGGGCCCAUUCUCCAUCGACCACAUCUUUGGCGAUGACGGCAACGUGACCGCUUGGGGAUCAUUCACGGCCACAUCCCGCACUCUGGGGAAGACAGUGAUCUCCCCCUGGGCCGCUCGAGCGCGAGUGAAUUCGGCCAAUCAGAUUUUUGAAUUUCAGUGGAUGGAGGAUACCUUCACCACCGCUUCAUCCUUUGGGUCGGACAAUAGUACUAAAGUCUUUAUUGCCAAUCCCGAGGGAGGCACCGCCCAUGCCUGA